CCAAUCAGAUCCAAGAUCUUACAAUCCAACGGCUCUAAUCCCAAUAAUUCAAGUCACACGGAUCACUGUCCAAUCCAACGGCUACGUAUGCCUCAUCUCUUCCUAUAUAAACGUCGUCCUCGUCUUAUCUUUUCAUCCGCCUUAACAAACAAACAUCCAGAGAGUGACCAAAGGAAAACUGAAGAAAAAAGACAAGAAUGUCAGGAAGAGGAAAGGGAGGUAAAGGAUUGGGAAAGGGAGGAGCAAAGCGGCACCGUAAGGUUCUCAGAGAUAACAUUCAGGGGAUCACGAAGCCGGCCAUUCGGCGUCUGGCGAGGCGUGGCGGAGUCAAGCGUAUCAGCGGUUUAAUCUACGAAGAAACUCGCGGUGUUCUGAAGAUCUUUCUGGAGAACGUGAUUAGAGACGCCGUGACGUACACGGAGCACGCUCGCCGGAAGACCGUUACGGCCAUGGACGUCGUUUAUGCUCUGAAACGACAGGGGCGAACUCUGUAUGGUUUCGGGGGAUAGGGUUAGGGUUAGGGUUAGGGUUAGUUUUGUUUUCUUGCGUAUGAAUGGAAAUUGUAAUGAAUUAAAGGAGAUUUGUAUGGGAAUUGACUCAUCUCUGAAUCUGAAGGAUUGGUAGAGAAAAUGGCAGUGGCAGCAUAAUAAUAAUGAACAUUGUAUGAGUAA